AAAUCUGGAAAUCUUGAGAAGUGCCGAAGGUUUGAUGUUAGUGAGAGCGUGUGUUACUGUUUGUUGAUUAUUAUUGUAUUUAAUCGAAUAAGUCUAAAACUAUUUGUUAUCGUUGUGUAGAAUAUCAAGUAAAUAUGUGGUAUUUUAAAUAUGUUAUGUAUUAUUAAUUUGUAUUCUGUAUGGCGUAACUCCCUUGUAACGGAUUAAAUAUAUUUUAAGUGUGAUCUAGCUUAUCUUCCGGCAAUUAAUACGCUGUUUGGCUUAACCCUUAUGGUUACUUGGCUAAAUACAAGUUUAAAAUUAUAAUAGGCUACCAAUAGCUUAUAUUAAAUGUUACUAGAUUACUUAUUUUAAAGGUAGUUGUUGUUCUAAUGUAUAAAGUGUAACUUCAACUUGAAUACCAUGGAAAAUAAUCACAGGUUAGAAAAUUCAGAAGAUCAAGAACUUUCUGAAUCAUCAAAACACUAUCAGGAAUGUGAUCAAACAUCUCCCUUACACCAUGAUAAUUUACAAAGUGACAGUGUGGCAACACAAGAUAGUGAACCUAAGAGGGAAUUAGAUACCCAACAUGAAGAUGGUUCACCAGCACCUGGACCCUCUGAUAGCCCUACUUUAGCCGAAAAGAAUGGCUACAAUGUGAAUGAAGAGAGUGAAAAUUGUAAUGAAGAAGCAGCAGUAUCUUUAUUAGGAAAUGAAAUUGAUCAAAACCACGAGGAAGAACCAAUGGAAACAAAUGAAGAAUGUGGAAUAGAGGAGGAUAAUGAUCAAAGAAUGUCAGACUCCCAGUUGGAGAAUGAUAAAUUAUUUGCUGAGAAAGCAGAUCUAGACAACAUCAAUACUGAAGUAGAAGAUGGAGAUGGCAUUAAAAAUAGUGAUGAGUAUAUGGAAGAUGAAAGAGAAGGAAUUAGCCCAACCAUGGAUCGAAGUAGCUGUGUUGGUAAUUCAACAGAACAAAGUCAAGAGGUAGAGGAUAAUGAAAAAGAUAAAAUAGGAAUUGAUGAGAAAUGUUUACCUGUACCCAGUACACCAGAAAUUGGAGAAGAGAUCAAUAAAACUACGAAAGUUAGUAAAGUUACUGAAAGUGCUUUCCAGAAGUUGGCAAGUUUAGGUGUUAUAACAGAGGAAAAACCAUUUGUGGACACUAAAGAAAAUGUUCUCAAGAAACUUGCAAGUCGAAGUGGCAUAUCAAUUACACCAGCAGGGGGAACGUCAUCAUCUUUAAACUCUUCCAUUUUAAUCACUCGUACAAAACCUAAACACAAACCUGGUCCAAAAUCUGCCAUGCUGAAGCAAAAAGCAAAGAAAAUAAAGAUCGAUUUGACUAAAGAGUCAACAGAUAUUGAUAAAGACUUCAAUUCACUUAUAAGUUUUCUUUCUACAGCAGCUAAAGCAGAAGAAAUUUCUGAUCAACUUGAUACUGUUCCAAAACAUUCAAGUAAUACAGAAAUAGAUGAUGCAGAUGAUAUUGAAGUAGAUCCCAACUUAAAUAUCAAUGAUUCAUGUGUUAAUCAAGAUCAAAAUGAAAGUAGUGGUAGGGAAGUGAAUGUAAGUGUAGUUGACAAUCAGUCACUACAGGACAUGGAUGGAGAAAGUCAUGAUGAAUCAAAAUCCUUCAGCCAUAGUUCUGAGCAUCCAGAUGACAGUGAUGAUAAGAUUACAACAACCAUUUCUAAAGUAAAGAAUGUCAUAGAAGAAGGAUCAGCAGAAAUUUUGCUAUCAGCAACAAAAAAUGUAUUUUACAACAAAGUUCAGGAGUUCAAUAGGGAUAUGAGUAUAGCUGCAUUGACUGUGUUUUCUGAGAUGCAUCAGCAGGAUCCACGUACUCGUAACAGAGGCAAGAAGCGCAAGGCAGCAGCUAACAGUGAAACCCUCGUAGAUGACUCCGAUCCUUCAGAAGAGAAUGUGUUUGAGGCGGGAAAGAAAUGUGAAAACGGUAUCACAAUACUGGAAGCACUGUCAGCCACAGGUCUGAGGUCCAUUCGCUACGCCCGGGAGAUACCUGGGGUGAAGGAAGUGAUUGCCAACGAUCUCUCAGAGGAUGCUGUAGAGGCCAUCAAAAAGAAUCUAGAACAUAACGGAGUCCAAGAUUUGGUCACUACUUCAAGAAGUGAUGCCUCGAUGCUCAUGUACCAGCGUCAGGCAAACCAGGAGUGGUAUGAUGCCAUUGACUUGGACCCAUAUGGAUGUCCUUCUCGUUUCCUUGAUAGUGCUGUACAGGCUGUAAGGGAUGGAGGACUGUUACUUGUGACGUGUACGGACAUGGCAGUACUGGCUGGCAACUCGCCCGAGACUUGUUACGUCAAGUAUGGAGCAAUCAGCAUCCGUAGUCCGGCCUGUCAUGAGAUGGCACUGAGGAUAGCAUUGCAGUGUAUCGAGUCUCACGCAAACCGGUACGGGCGGUACAUUGUGCCUCUGGUGUCGUUUAGUGCAGACUUCUACAUCAGAUUGAUAGUGCAGGUCUACACAUCGCCCGUCACAUGCAAGCGAACCACCAGUAAACUGUCGAUGGUGUACCAGUGCGCUGGAUGUCAUACGCACACGCUACAGCCGCUUGGGCUCGCUUCACAGUCAGGGACGAGCACACAACCCAAGUUUCACCUGGGCCAUGGACCCCCGGUCAACACAAAUUGCUUCCACUGUAAUUAUAAACACCAUAUGGGAGGUCCUAUCUGGUCAGCACCUAUGUACAGUGCCAAGUUUUUGGAGAGCAUGCUCAAAGUCGUCGAGAACGGGAGGUUCACCACUUCUAAAAGAAUGCAAGGUAUGCUGGAAGUGAUACGAGAAGAGCUGCCCGAAGUCCCUUUGUAUUAUACUAUCUCUGGUCUCUGUACAAAACUGCACUGUCAAGCCAUUCCUCUCAUAGACAUCAGGUGAGUUGGCACAAUAAACAUUCA